AAAGUUACUCUCUUGAAUUGAACGUGAUUCUUUUGCUUCAGUCACACGCGUGGGGCUCGUUUUACUUUCGGAUUGUAGUUAUCGCGGGAUAAAAUCUGAACCACAAAAAUACGCACGUACCAGCGACGAUGGCUGGCACUAUUUUGCACCUCAGCAUAGUUUGCUUGUUGGCAAGCUACCUCUCCGGUGUCGAUUCGGCCGUCAUACUACCGAAAAUACCUGACGUUCUAAAUCCACCUGUUCCGGACGGUGUCGACCUAGUACAGCAGUCCGCCUUUCUCGAGAGCACCGACCAGGACCCGGAAGUGACCCCCGGCCUAUUCCAGGGCGACAUGGCCAUGGACAACCGGAUGUACCGGUACUGGCGCGUCGGCCUGAACUGGGAUGUGUUUCCGGAGCGCAUCUGGCCGAACGGUACCGUACCGUACGCGAUCAGUCCAUUGUACGAGGUGGACGAUCAGGUGACAAUACUGCAGGCCAUCCGCACGCUCAACUUCAUGACGUGCGUCAACUUCGUACCAUGGAACGGCAAGGACAAGGACUUUCUGCUAAUCUGGCCGAUUAAGUAUCCGAAAGGUUGCUGGAGCUACGUUGGUAAGAUUGGCGGCACGCAGAUCGUGUCCUUGCAGCCACCGGACGAGCGUAGCCCGAACUGUCUCGGCAACGAGGGUCGCGCGAUUCACGAGUUAAUGCACGCGCUAGGCAUCUUCCACGAGCAGUCCCGUGCCGACCGGGAUCGCUUUGUGAAAAUUAUAUGGGACAACAUCAUUCCAGCUUUCAAAUCCAACUUCGAAAAGCAAUCGUUGAAAAACACCACGUACAGCUUCGAGUACGACUACAAUAGCAUCAUGCACUACGGGAAAAACUACUUCAGCAUCGGUAAGGGUAAGCCGACGAUUGAGACCAAGAUGCCGGGGAUCAAGCUCGGCCAGCGCCAGGCGCUUAGCACGACCGACUGCCUGAAAAUCAACGAUUUGUACAAGUGUCUAGACAAUCCUAAGAUAAGCAAAAAGUACUACAACCUUUGCAAAACUCUUGGCAUUUGAGGACCGCCUCUGG